CGGCAGCCCUCUUUUGCAGUACACCUCUUGUCCGUAGGAUAUGUCUCCGAAAGUUCGCUAUGACCGCGGGUUGACGGACGGGGAGACAUUGUGGCGCGAUCGUUACGAUUGGCUUCUAGAAGCCGGCUAUGUCCUGCGGCCGCGGUACAAGCCUGGCUGGGUGCCGUCUUGGAGAGGGACGAAUAAAUAUGCGCUGAAUUUCGAAGACGGCUGGAUGCAGAAGCUUAAUUAUGUCCUCGAUGCCGUGCGCAAGUCUGACGGCGAAAUGGUCAUGUUGAAACGCGUGUCGCGCACAGUCCAUCCCUUCGAGGUUCCUAUCGGACAGUACUUGUGUUCUCCAUCCCUUGCUACAGAACCCCGCAACCACUGUUGUCCCAUCCUUGAGGUGCUGCAAGACCCCGUCGACUCCGACAUUCAGAUCGUCGUAAUGCCCUUGCUUAAGGAACAUAACAUUCCCCCUCAACUUACCAUAGGGGAGGCCGUCGAUUUUUUUCGUCAAGCAUUUGAGGGUCUCCAGUUCAUGCACCAGCAUCACGUAGCCCAUCGUGAUUGCAUGACGCUCAACAUCAUGAUGGACCCUCGUAACAUGUAUCCAGACAUGUUCCAUCCCAUCGCUCGUGAAUACGACCGCAACGUCGUUGGACCUGCCAAACACUACUCGAGGACAGUCCGUCCGACAAGAUAUUAUUGGACUGAUUUUGGCCUGUCGUGUCAGUUUGAUGCUAACGACGCAAACCCUCUUGCGAUUCCCAUAGUCGGCGGCGACACUACAGUCCCAGAGUACCUCGAGGAUGAGACGACUCCGCGUAAUCCGUUCCAUACGGACGUUUACACCCUGGGGAAUUUAAUCAGAGAGGAUUUCCUGCAGAUCUACUCAAACCUGACGUUCAUGGAGCCACUGGUCGCAUCCAUGGUGGUCGACAAGCCUGACCAGCGUAUCACCAUGGACGAAGCAGUACGCCAACUGGACACCAUCAUUUCGCAGCUGCCUAGUUUGCGGCUGCGACAGCGGCUGCGCCAACGAGAAGACAACGGAUUCAUCGCCUUUCUCAGGGAAGUGCAAUAUGCUUUCCGCAUGUUCUAUGGAGGUCUUUGGCUUCAUCCUGCGAUCCCUCGGCCUCCCCCUCCGUCGCAGUUCGAGCAGAAGAAGACCGACGCCGCCGGUUCACGGCUGCGGACUGUCCUAGCAACGAUGCGACGGCGCUUCGUACCAGUUCGUAAGCAGCGCACCCCGGUGGCGCCCUGAUCAUCUGCUCGGAGGCCGCUCAAGCUCCGUGGUUAUGUUGAAUAGACGAGCUGUUCUCUGCCUUUCCUAUCUCUCCUGGCCCUUUGACCCGCAGUCGACUGUGAUGGGCUAGUUAGUAUAUUGUAUGAAUAUUGGGGCUCUUGCGUACUUGUGCUGAUGUUUGACUUUUGCUCUGACUGCACAUAAUACUAUGCACUCUG